ACACUGACCAGGCUGGACUUUGCCUUCCUCUUCAGCAGGGGAGCCACCUUUGCUUGCCUUCUCCUACCUGGGCUGUGUGACUGUAGGGCUGACCAAGUGGGCACCAUGGCUGCUCAGAAAGAUUUCUGGGAUGCUAUUGUGCUCGGUGCCGGCAUCCAGGGCUGCUUCACUGCAUACCACCUGGCCAAACACAGGAAGCAGGUCCUCCUCCUGGAGCAGUUCUUUCUACCGCACUCCCGAGGAAGUUCCCACGGACAGAGCCGGAUUAUCCGAAAGGCAUACGCGGAUGACUUUUACACCCAGAUGAUGGAUGAGUGCUAUCGGAUAUGGGCCCAGCUGGAGCAGGAGUCUGGAACCCAGCUGUACAGAAAGACUGGUCUACUGCUGGUUGGACCAAAGGAAAAUCCAGAAUUAAAAACAAUUCAGGCCACUCUAUCUAGGCAGAGGAUAGAACAUCAGUGUCUUUCAUCUGAGGAACUGAAGCAACAUUUCCCAAAUAUUCGGUUGCCCCAGGGAGAAGUGGGGCUCUUGGAAAAGUCUGGAGGAGUUCUCUAUGCAGACAGGGCCCUCCGAACCCUCCAGGAUGCAGUUCGACAGCUGGGAGGUACAGUGCGGGAUGGAGAAAAGGUGAUGGAGAUAAAACCGGGGCUGCCAGUCGUGGUGAAAACCAGCUGUGGGAGCUACCAAGCCAAGAGCUUGAUCAUCACAGCAGGUCCUUGGACCAACUGUCUCCUCCGUCCCCUGGGAAUCGAGCUACCUCUCCAGACCCUGAGGAUCAAUGUGUGUUACUGGCGAGAGAAGUCUCCUGGGAGUUAUGGUGUAGUCCCAGCCUUUCCAUGUUUCCUGGGCUUGGGCCAAGCCCCCCACCAUAUCUAUGGGCUGCCAGAAGGAGAGUACCCCGGGCUUGUGAAGGUCUGCUAUCACCACGGCAACCACACAGACCCUGAUGAGCGGGACUGUCCCACAGCACGCCCAGAUAUUCAAGAUGUCCAAAUCCUGUGCCGCUUUGUCAAAGAUCACUUACCUGGCCUGAAGCCAGAGCCUGCCAUCAUGGAGCGCUGCAUGUACACGAACACCCCUGAUGAGCACUUCAUUCUCGAUCGCCACCCAAAGUAUGACAACAUUGUCAUUGGUGCUGGAUUCUCUGGGCAUGGAUUCAAGCUGGCCCCUGUAGUGGGGAAGAUCCUAUAUGAAUUAAGCAUGAAACUAACACCAUCUUAUGACUUGACACCUUUUCGAAUCAGCCGCUUCCAUGGCCUGGGCAAAGCUCACCUUUGACCCCUGGCCAGCAGCCUCCCCUCUGUGCAGAGAAGUCCCUGCUGGAGAAGACUUCUCAGUUGUAGGAAGUGGCUCUGAGAUGUCAUCCUUUUCUGCCUCUUUUGAAUUCUCCAUAAUCACUGGACGGUUGAGUCGACCUUCAUUCCCUGGCCAGCUUCCUAAUCCCAACUACCCUCCUGCUUACAAAAGGUCAAUCAGAUAUUCUAUAAUCACAGAGUCACAAGGACCUUUGAGAUGGAUGUUUCAAUAUGGAGGGGCACAAGGACUGGCUCAGGAGACCAAAGCAGUCGUUAAAAUUCUUUUUGCUGGGAUGUUUGAUGAACUUGAAAUGGAUUUGACUAAAUCUUCCCAGGAGAGGGUGAACAAGAUGAUCUCUUAUAGAUCACUAUUGCCCUUGGAGUUUCUUUUUCUAAAACUAGAGCUACCUUCCAAUUAUGAAUGCCCAUAAAAUUUCUGACUUGUCUUCGAUGCACAAUAAAUAUUUGUUGAAAGAUUUGUUGAACAAACAAACAAAUAAAU